AUGGAUAAUAGAGCAGCUCAAUAGAGAAUAGGUUAAAUAAGACAAUAGUUAGUUUAAGAAAUAGAUGAUAAGGAUUAAAAAUAAGAGUAUGCUCAAUUAUGGGCAGGAUUUUAUAAAAAGACAUUAUAGUAAAGAUUAGAUUAAUUGAAUAAAAUAUAAAAUGUAAAUGUUGAGUAUUUCAAAGAUGGAGGAUUAUCAUUAUAAAACGCAAAUUUAAUGGUUGAAAAUUGUAUAGGAAAAAUAGGAAUGCCUUUAGGAUUGGGAUUAAAUUUUUUAAUAAAUGGUUAGUAUUAUAUAAUUCCAAUGGCAAUUGAAGAGCCUUCUGUAAUAGCAGCAGCUAGUGCAGCAGCAAAGACUAUAGCAGAAUGUGGAAACGGAUUCGAAACAUAUUCAACUAGGCCAGUAAUGAUGGGUUAAUUAUAAUUAUUGAAUGUUGAUAAUUAAUCAAAAGCAGAAUGUUUAAUAGAUUCAAAUAAAAUAUCAAUAAUAAAUAGAGGAAAUUAAGCAUGUUAAAAUAUGGUAAAAAGAGGAGGCGGAAUUGAAGAUGUAAAAUUAAGAUAAUUAGGAGAUGGUUAAGCUUCUGUUGAUAUAUUUAUAAAUGUUUGUGAUAGUAUGGGGGCUAAUAUAGUGAAUACAGUGCUAGAACAUUUAGCACCUUUGAUAGAAGAAAUAACUGGUUAUUAAGUUGGGAUUAAGAUUUUAACAAAUUUAUGUUUGAAUAGAAAAGUGACAUCACUUUUUAAAUUGAAUAUUGAGAAGAUGAAUUAUAAAAAUUAUACAGGAUAAUAAGUAGCAUAGAUGAUUCUAAAUGCAUAUAAGUUUGCUUAAUUAGAUUAUUUUAGAGCAGUUACUCAUAAUAAAGGUAUAUUAAAUGGAAUUGAAGCAGUUUGUAAUGCAACAGGUUAAGAUGGUAGAGCAGUAAAUGCUUCAUUACAUGGAUAUGCUAGUAUAGAUGGUAAAUAUAAACCAUUAUCAAAAUAUUAUAUUGAAGGAGAUUAAUUUAUCGGAGAAUUAUCAAUACCUAUAUCUGUUGGUACUUAAGGAGGAGUAAUUUCAUAAAAUCCAUUAUAUUAAGCAGUCUUUUAAAUUUUAGAAUAUCCUGAUUCAUAAAAAUUAGCUGAAAUUAUGGCUUGCGUUGGAUUAGCUUAAAAUUUUGCAGCUUUAAGAGCUCUAACAGUUGAAGGUAUUUAAAAAGGACAUAUGUCUUUACAUGCUAAAAAUAUUGCUAUUUCUGUUGGAGUUCCAGAUCAUCAAGUUGAAGAUGCUGUUUUAUUUAUGAAAAAUAGAGGAAGUUUUAGAAAAGAAACAGCAUAAGAAUUUUUGAAAGCUUAUCAUUUAUUUUAAGAAAUUGCAAAAGUUAAAGGUAAAAAAAAUUAAUCUUUAUGUACUUUUUCUGCUUAAUUUUAAUUAGAAGGAUCUUAAGAAAAAGUAGAAUUACAUGUUGUUUUUGAUUGUCAUUCUAAUAAAAGAAUUGAUGUUGAUUUUUUAAGUUAAUCUGAAAUAUCAAUUAAAUUAUUUGGAACUAAAGGUCAUACAUGGUUUUAAAAUCUAUUUAAAAUUAUUAAUAUUGUUAAAAUUGAAGAAUAAUCAGAAAAUAUACCUAAAAAAGGAUUAACUGUAAAAUUAAAAGUGAUUUCUAUUUUAAUCAAUUUAUUAAGUUAUAAUUUAUUAAUAAUUGAUUAUGAUAAAACAAGAAAUUAUCUAAAUUAUGUGUUGAAUUAAUAACAUAUUGAUUUUCCAGAUGGAGAAAUUGAAUUUAAAUAUGGAAUUGCUCUUUUAACAGAAUUACUACAUAUUUUUGAAUAUAAUAUUUAAUAAUUUAUAGGAGAAUAGGUAUUAAAGAAUGCACUUUUGAAUGAAUAGAAUUUGAUUAUAAAGAGUCAUAUAAAUAGUUUUGAAUUUUGGCAGAAAGCAAAAUUAGACAAAGAAUUUCAAAUAGGAAACUUUUGGCUUUAUAGAAAGAAACGAUUAUCUUGUACAAUGAUGUUAUUAUGUGAUUGCAUUAAUUUCAAAUCAAUUGAUGAAAAAUUAGUAGAAUUAAUGAAACAAUUAGGAGAUGUCUAUGAAAUUGAAAUAACAUUAACUAGAGACACUGAAAAAUGGAAAGAGUAAGCAUAUUCAUUCUAACAGUUUUAGUGCAACUCUUAAAGAUCCUAACAUUUAUACAUAUUGGCUAAUGUAACAUGAUUAGUUACUUUAAGGGGAUAGAAAUUGUGUUUUAGAUUAAUUUAAGAAUGAAUCUUCAGCUAUGUUAGAAAUGAAGAGACAAAGAAUCCAACCGCUCCUUCCCACAUCUAUGGCUCAUUUAUCAAAAUAAGCUACCACAGCUGUUAGUUUAUUAUAUCAAUCGAGAUUUUGA